AUGAGCAUCAGUCCAGCAUCGAGCUACUGGGAGCUGCCUCAGAGGCGCCCUGGCGAAGAAGAACAUAGCCCUCACGAAUCUUCGACGUCUCUAAUCCCAUUAACCGACCGCGGCCCAGAAGUCAACGACCAUCGACACAGCGGCGAUGACCGGGAUGCCAACGAUGAACACGAUACCAGCGAACCCAAUCGGCACAGAAUUACGGAAAAUGACUGGGAAAUGUCUGACUUCGCUCUAACUCCAAGUAUCACCCUAACGUUAAAUCCUCCGUCAGAGCGAGGCGAUCAGGUUUCCGCCAGAGGACCAUUGCUCAUGACAGAGCCAGACAAUACGGAGCCGGGCCAACCCGAUAAAAAAGCUGGUGGGAAUUUUGACAAGAAUUCGCAAUCAACAUUGCGAAUAUGGUUCCUCAAAAUUCUGAGCAUUCUUUUCGCCUUGGGCUGUCUUAUUGCCAUCGUCAUUGUCCUCACUGUACACCAAAACAACCCGCUUCCGAGUCGACCAGAACUACUCUCAAUCAACUCUCUCAUUUCGGUGUUCACAACGUUCUUCAAGGCGGCGUUAAUCAUGCCUGUAGCAGAAGGGCUUGGGCAGCUGAAGUGGACUUGGUUCACCAAGCCUCACAAGUUGAGUGAUGUUUCUUUAUUUGACGAAGCAAGUCGAGGUCCAUGGGGCUCAUUUUGCUUGCUGCUCAAGCAAGUUGCUCGAUCGGACAAAGCAUACUUGGCCAGUUUCGGCGCUUUAAUCACCAUCGCCGCCCUCGCCAUUGACCCGUUCUCGCAGGCCUUGGUGGAACAUGUUGUCUGCCGUCGCGAGGUGAAGAGUUCGGUCGCAAGAGCUGCAAGGACCAACAAUUACACCGCUUCAGUUCCCGGCUUCAAGUACUCGCAGAUGAACCAACGCCCUGGCUUGGACAAGACAAUGCGAUCUGCAUUGUACAGAGGUCUCAUAGACCCUGGAAGCGCAGCAUCCCAAAUUGAUUUUGACUGUGCGAGAGGAAAUUGUACAUUCGGUGCUGAGGGCGACGGCGGCUACUUUUCGUCCUUGGCCAUGUGCCAUUCAUGCACCGAUAUUUCUGAUGAUAUCUUCAUACCUGGGAAAAAGAACGCCACCAACACGUUCAGUUUGCCAUCAAAUUUGCAGGUAUACAACCAAUCUCCGCUGAGUGCGGCAAGGGUAGACUUUAAUUCGUCUUUCUACUCCUUCGAGGCGCUGAUGCACAAAUUACCACCCGGUUGCGAGAAGGACGAGUACGAAUGUAUCAUGCGAGAAAACAUGGAUGCGUUCGCGGUUAGAUGCACUCUCGAUCCAUGCGUAAAAAAGUACAGUGCGCAGGUCACAAAUCAAGAGUAUAUCGAAUUUGAAGAGGAUCAAGGCUCACCUCCACUACUUCGAAGAAACUGGAUUGACGAUGUCUGGAUCAACGGGUUGAGGGCGGCGUACUCGCUGAUAUCGAAUUACAGCCUCGUUGACGGCCUAUCGACGAAAUGCAACUCAUCAAUCGAUCCCAUACCUAGAGGUGUCCUCGUUAAUUCCCGAACGCAUCUUCUGAACGAUAAACCAGAAUCGUAUGUGAACAAUAAGUCCGAGUGGGUGUAUUAUCCACCAGAAUGCGUUUGGGUUAUAGAUUUGACGCCGUACUAUGCAAUCACCGGCACCUUGGAUGAUUUACUAGGUGAUGAGGUCCGCACUGAUGGCAGGAGUGGAUUUGAUCAGGUCAUAGGCCCUGUCUGGCUGACGACUCUGUACGCGGACGGUAUGAGCAAUUUGACCAUGGCGGAACAAAUGACAAAGGGCAUCGCAUCGUCAAUGACAGCAGCUAUGCGCAACCACCCAUUCACGGAAGGCUUUUCGGAUGUAUCGACGGUGCGCCGCUGGGACAUCAAUCGCAACCUGACCACUGUUAAUGGCAUGGGAUUCGCAGUCGACACAUGUGUGAGAGUGCACUGGGGAUGGAUUGCAUACCCGGCUGCCUUGCUCCUCCUGCAGCUUCUCUUCUGCACAUUCGUUCUUUUAACUAUCAACCGCAAGGCAGGGCACGGGGAGGCUAGAGUGCCGACGGACUGGAAGACUUCACCUUUGGCUCCCUUGUUUCACGGCCUGGAUGAGGAUCUCAGACAAAAGAGUGGCGGUUUGACUUCUGCAAAGAUGAUGGAUGAUGCCGCCGAGAAGAUAGAUGUGCAACUUUGCAAAGUUGACACACGGAGCCCACAGGGCUGGAGAUUGUUUAAGAGCUGA